CAAAUAUCAGAAACUGUUUUCCAGCUGCUCGUGAUGUUCUGGAUGGAUCUGUCCACCGACGGCGUGUUAGAAAGCAAAGCCAUCGUCCACUUCUCUGGGGUGCUGGGUAUCCAUCCCUAUGAGUUGGCAUAUCGUACAGCGUACGACUACGCGCCGUACCUAUCAGCUCUAUUGUGGGUUGGCAGGCUUCUUAUUCUUGAGUAUGCCUUGCCGCUGCGAGCGUAUACUACCCUCGACGUCCCCUGGCCAGCACGAGCAGCCUACGCCGAUCAAGGGAAGCGUCUCUGCGCAGGGAUCCGCCCAACAUACCUUCAGCGUGGCAGUCUCUCCCCUAUGGGAUAUCUGAUCGAGCGUUUACAGCAUGGCAGGGCCAUUGCAAAACGCGAAGGACCGCGCACUAACUUAUCGUGGUCGCUAGAUGGC